GACUUCAAUGCGGAAGUGGAUGCAUGUUUUCCUUUUUCAUUCAGUGGAUCGUUUCUGUUCGUCAGGAGGAUUGAAGUCGUAAUGUUCAGGUUAACAGUCUGUUAGUUAAGGUUAUUUUAAGUCCUGAUAGUUCACCUGGUUAGUUAAAGUUUAAAGUGUGUUAGUGAAGUUAAAGGCAGUUAGUUGACCUGGUUAGUUGAGGUUCACAGUGAGUUAGUGAUGACAGACAGCAGCAGUGCAGCUCCGGCUGCUCGCACCGUGCUGCAGCAGUGUCUUCAGGCCAGACUCCAGGUGAAACCAGCAGAGGAACAGUCACAAGCUCAGUUUGUCCAGAUCGACAGAGGAAUGGUGAUCUACAUCUGUUUCUUCAAAGGAGCCACAGACGACAUCUUGCCCAAGAUGGUGUCCACUCUGUUGAACCUGCGGCUGUGCGAGUCCGACUCGGGGAAGAUGGUGUCGGUGCUGGAGCUCCCCGGCAGCCUGCUGAUCGUCCCUCAGGCCACGCUGGGCGGCAAGGUCAAAGGCCGGGCCAUGCAGUACCACAACAACAUCGGCAAAGAGGAGGGGCUGCGGCUGUAUGGCGCCUUUGUCUCUCUGUGUGAGAAGGAGAUGACGGCUGCUUCAGCUGAGGUGACGGUGAAACACGGGACGUAUGGAAACAGACAGGUGCUGAAGCUGGACACCAACGGACCGUACACACACCUGAUGGAGUUCUGAACUCUUGGGCUUAAAGUUGCACACUUAAUUAUUCUUUAAUUAAAGGAUCCUUCUGGUUUUACCAAACAUAUUUCAUGAUAUUUUCCUUUUAUGAGAUGCAUGUGUCGAGAUGGAGGUGUUUGAUUAUCCCCGUGUUAGAAGCCACCAGACUCCAUCGACCAAAACAAUAAUUUGACAGAAAACAGAAGUUGGUCUUCUGCCUGGGUCAUUUUCUGAGGUUCUUAUGUGACUCAUCAACAACUUAUCAGUUCUGUGUCGGACUUUAACUGACUCCUUUUCAUCCAACCUCAGGGAUCAUGUGUGUGAAUGUGAGCAAAAUCCCAACAGUAGAACAGCAUCCAAUGUGGCAGCAGCAGAUUAACGUGUAUGUAGCUGGAACCUUGUGUGUUUACAUACUUUGUUGUGUUGUGUAUUUGGUGAAGCUCAUGGAUCUUUGCUGAAGCCGACAUUAAUGAUCCUGGGGACUGAUUCAAAAUAUGUCUGUUGAUGUCAUUAGUCCUCCGAACCUGCAGGGGGCGCUCUGCUCUGGUUCAGGAAACGGAAAUGAACAUUUUGAAAGAUCUGGUUACUGCAGCUUUUACAACCUGCACUUUCUUUAUCUGUCAAGUUAUCAGCAAGUUUCCUGAAUGCAGCUUCUGGUUCAUCAUUUUCCUCCAAAGGCUAAAAUAAUAAAAAUAUGUUUCUAAUGUUUUAUUGCAAGAUACAAAUUCAACAAGCAACAAUAACUAAAACUGACCAAAUACAAUCAAAAUAUGCACAAACUAAUUAGUGAUACAACAAAAAAAAUAUAAACUAUAGAGUGUAUGGAAUCUAAUGUAUCGUCUCUGUGGAAACUAAUCCAGUGAUACUGAUGACAAGGCUUUUCCAGUUUUUAUCAGUUUCAUCAAAAUCUAAAUAAAACAAUACUACCUUUAAAAAAUA